AUGGGGGUUAUGUCGAGGCGGGUUGUGCCUGCCUGUGGUAACCUCUGUUGCGUUUGUCCUGCUCUCCGUGCUAGCUCGAGACAACCGGUGAAGCGAUACAAGAAAUUGUUGGCUGAUAUUUUCCCCCGCAAUCAGGAGGCUGAACCCAAUGAUAGAAAAAUUGGGAAGCUAUGUGACUAUGCAUCUAAAAAUCCACUGAGAAUUCCUAAGAUUACCGAUAACUUGGAGCAAAUGUGUUACAAGGAUUUGCGUAAUGAAGUCUUUGGUUCAGUGAAAGUUGUCUUGUGCAUAUACAGGAAACUCCUAUCGUCAUGUAAGGAGCAGAUGUCACUUUUUGCGGGUAGUUUAUUAGAGAUUAUUCGGACUCUUCUAGAACAAACUCGAAUGGAUGAAAUCAGGAUUUUAGGAUGCAACACUCUUUCUGAUUUUAUAGAUUGUCAGACAGAUGGUACAUACAUGUUCAACUUAGAAGGUUUUAUUCCUAAGCUAUGUCAAUUGGCUCAAGAAAUGGGGGAAGAUGAACGCACUCUAUGUCUCCGUUCAGCUGGACUACAAGCUCUAUCCUAUAUGGUGCGUUUCAUGGGUGAGCAGUCACAUCUUUCACUGGAUUUGGAUGAAAUCAUGCUAGUGACUUUGGAGAAUUACAUGGGUUUUCAAUCUAACUCCAAUCUCCCCAAAGAACAUAAACUGAGUUCAAUGUCCCUGGACCAGUUAGAACAUGAAUUUCCCAAAGAGGACUGCUCCUCGACAGAUAUCUCCAAGAAGGAUCAUUUGUGGCUGAAACUCGUGGCAGGGGCUGGGAUGGACUCUAUGUUGGAUACUGCUAAAGAUCCAGCAUAUUGGUCAAAGGCUUGCUUGUAUAAUAUGGUCAAACUGGCAAAGGAAGCUACAACUCUGCGGCGUGUCCUUGAACCUCUUUUUCAUUAUUUCGAUACUCAAAAUCAAUGGUCAUCUGAAAAAGGAGAGGCUACCCGUGUUUUGACGUAUUUACAAUCUCUUUUAGAAGAUUCAGGACAUAACUCCUAUCUUCUGUUGUCUAUUUUGGUCAAGCACUUGGAUCAUAAGAAUGUUUCCAAGCAGCCCAUCCUUCAGAUUAAUAUUACUAACACCACAACACAACUUGCACAAAAUGUGAAGCAGCAUGCUUCAGUUGCAAUAAUUGGUGCAAUAUCCGACCUUAUUAAACACUUAAGAAAGUGCCUACAAAAUUUAGCUACAGCUUCCAGUAUUGGGAAUGACGAGUAUAAGUUGAAUACUGAACUUCAAUCUGCCUUAGAAAUAUGUAUAUUGCAACUUUCAAACAAGGUUGGGGAUGUAGGGCCCGUCCUUGAUUUGAUGGCUGUGGUAUUAGAGAAUAUCUCAACUACGACCAUUGUAGCAAGAACAACAAUCUAUGCCAUUUAUCAAACUGCAAAGUUAGUUACAUCCAUCCCUAAUGUGUCAUAUCACAAGAAGGCUUUUCCUGAUGCCUUGUUUCAUCAAUUGCUCCUGGUGAUGGCUCAUCCUGACCACGAAACACGAAUUGGGGCGCACUCUGUCUUUUCCACAGUGCUUUCUCCCCAGUUAGACCAUAAAACAAUGAUGGCUCAGAAUGUACCAAAUGAGAGCUUCUCCAUUCAGCAUAAAAGCUUUUCAGGGGAAGAUCAGAUGAAUAGGAAACCUAUGGAAGGAAGGGCAGUAGUUGAUGUCAGCAGUAGGAAAUAUAGAGUCCUUCCAUACCGUGUUUACAGCUUCUCUGGUGCUCUAAAUCAUGGGAAUGAUGAGCUAAGUUCCUUUCGGUUAAGCAGCCACCAAGUAAGUCUCUUGCUUUCUUCAAUCUGGGUUCAGGCAACAUCAAUGGACAAUGGCCUGGAAAAUUUUGAGGCUAUGGCUCACACUUUUAGCAUUGCUUUAUUGUUCACUCGUUCGAAGACAUCCAGUUACAUGGCUUUAGUAAGAUGUUUCCAACUGGCAUUCUCCCUCAUGAGCAUCUCAUUGGACCAAGAAGGAGGUUUGCAGCCAUCUCGCAGGAGGUCUCUUUUUACCUUGGCAUCGUACAUGCUUAUAUUCUCUGCCAGGACAGGCAAUUUCCCUGAGCUAAUUCCAAUAGUUAAAGCAUCCCUGAUACAUUCAACUGUAGAUCCUUUUCUUGAGUUGGUCGAUGAUGUCAGGCUGCAGGCUGUUAAUAUAGAAUCAGAGAAGAUAAUCUAUGGAUCUCAAGAAGAUGAGGUUGCUGCUAUUGAGUCACUUUCGGCCGUAGAAUUGGAUGAUCAGCAGUUGAAAGAAAAUGUAAUCUCGUACUUCCUGACUAAAUAUUCAAAACUACCGGAGGAUGAGUUGUCAAGCAUAAAGAAACAACUUACACAGGGGUUUUCUCCCGAUGAUGCAUAUCCAUCUGGACCUCCAUUAUUUGUUGAGACACCAAGUACAUGUUCUCCACUUGCUCAGAUUGAGUUUCCAGAUUUUGACGAGAUUGUGGCUUCGGUAGCUUUGAUAGAUGAAGAGACUGGGCCUGAACCAAGUGGAAGUCAGACAGACUGCAAAUCACCACUAUCUUUCAAUAACCUUACCAUUUUAAGUGUUAAUCAACUCUUAGAAUCGGUUUUGGAAACCGCGCGACAAGUCGCUAGUUUCCCUAUUUCUGCAAAUCCUGUACCAUAUGACCAAAUGAAGAACCAGUGUCAGGCCCUUGUAUCAGGGAAACAACAGAAAAUGUCAGUUCUUCACAGUUUUAAGCACCAACAGGAGACUAGAACAUUAAUUCUUUCUAGUGCAAAUGAAACAGAACUCACCUCUCUACCAAUUAAGACACUGGAUUAUUCAGAAGGUGAUCUGGAGUUAGUGAGCCAGGAGCAGUUACAGGCGCUGUAUCCAGUACACCCGUGUUCGUAUGACUAUAGACAACAUCAUUCUUUGAGACUACCACCGGCUAGCCCCUAUGAUAAAUUCUUGAAAGCUGCUGGAUGCUAA